AUAAACAACAUCAAUAUAAUAGGCACAUGAAAUAUACAUUAUGAUAAAUUCUGUCACUCCACCACUCAAUAAUCAGACCCGUACACAGGCCCACCAAGUGGGAAAAAAAAUCCUCUGAAGCCGCCCCUGGAGAAGAAUACACUGAAGAAAAAAAAGAUAAAGGAAAACCUCUCAUUUUGAUAUGUUGCAUGCAAGAUGGAUGAGUUGGUGGGUAUUACAAAAAAAAUCAAAGAAAACUAUCAGACAGAGAGAGAAAGACACAUGUAAAUGAAAGAUGUGAAGCCUGGUUUGAUUUACACAAUGACCAAGACCAAUAGGAAAAACCCUCCCAGUCUCGUGAAGGGAAAGGGGGGUGGUGGGGAUUCAAACUGAGGCAGGCGCUGAGUUAAACAUACUCGUAGACAGACUACAGCCUCCACUGCACUGAGACAUGGGGUCACCGUGACUCAAAGCUGGGGCUUCUGAACCUACAAACAGAAAUAACAAAGAGAGGAAAUUGCAACUGAGAAAGUAAAAACGUCACACAACCAGUCGAGGAGGAUGCCAAACUGACUACAUGCAAAAGUUUCAACCUUCAGUGUGGUUGAAGAGGAGCAAGGACAAAGCCUAAGGAUACUACACAUUAUGUUGCCAUGGAAACCGAGAGCUGGAAGCAGACGCAGGGACCACUGAAGGUGGACGACCUCUCCUGACUGCAUCCUCAUCAGCUUACGGUCCACUGCACAUCGAGGAGAGAGAAUGUUGUGGAGAAUCACCCUCCCCAUCCUACUUGCUGGGGUUCUUUGCAUCACUGCAGAGAUAAGAAAGCUCCGCCCACAGGGUUCCAUCCCCUCCCCACACAAAAACAAAGGGAACUUGUCUUCAGAGCGUCAUCACCGGCUACUCCACCGAAAACCAGAGGUGUUGUCGUCUAGCCGGGAGGCCCUGGUGGUUACAGAGCGCCGCUACCUCCGCAGAGACUGGUGCAAGACCCAACCCCUCCGUCAGACAGUGAGCGAGGAGGGCUGUCGCAGCCGCACUGUGGUCAACCGUUUUUGCUAUGGCCAGUGCAACUCAUUCUACAUCCCCCGCCAUAUGGGCCCCAGUUCAGGCCAGGGUCAAAGUCGAGGCCAGUCUUCAGAUUCUGCAAGGAAAAGCCAUAAUAAGGCCCAGGAACCAUUCCAGUCCUGCUCCUUCUGCAGGCCGCAUCGCGUCACGCAACUCACAGUGCAGCUCGACUGCCCUGACCUGCAGCCUCCUUUCAGACACCGUAAGGUGCAGAGGGUCAAACAGUGUCGCUGCAUGUCCGUGGAUGUGAGUGGAAAUGGGAAACUGUGAGGAGAGACUUGCAAGUGCCACAAAGGACAGAAACCUUCAAAAGUCUGCAAAUACAAAAUAAAUGACAUGAAUCACACACACAAAAAGGCAUCCACCUUGAAUUUAGAGACUAUGAGACUUAUUGGAAAAAUGAUGUUGAACAAUAUUGGUCAAAGAGGCUAUUCAGCAGAAAAGUAGACUAUGGCAGCCGAUUUUGAACUUUCAAGAAAGUUUUUCCUGCCUGCUCUUAUAAGUUGUACCACUCAUAUUUACAGCAGAUCCGUAGGAUAAGGUAGACCUGUGAUUGAUUCUUGGUCAGGCUACCCAACUGUGUUUUUGGAGAAGACACUUUGUCUGCGUUGUUCCAGUCUAUCCAGCUGUAAAUAGGCACUAGCAUUGGCUGAGUAAGUAACCUAUGCUGGACUGGUGUCCCAUCCAGUGGGAAUCCUGGACUCUCAUACUAUGGAAUCUGGGAAUAAACACCAGCACCAAUGGACUCCAAUGGACCUUUAGGGUCAUAAACUUUUUCUUAUUCACAUUUACCCAAGUAUUUAUACAUAUCUGGGUACUGCUAGAUUCCUUUAUGAUAAAGGAGAUGUCAGAGGGCUUCUGAAUUUUAAUACCUGCAGAUAAUGUGGACGUUCCUUUCUGAGAGUGGAUUGAGAUUAAGUACACGCUUCAUGAAAAAACCUGUAGAUGUUUUUAUCUGAAGGAGAUGCUAACUUAAAAUGGGCUGCUUUACAACUUUUAUCUGACAUCCUGAAACUUCUUAAGCUUGUGUGAUGUCUUCAAAAACCAUCUUAAGAUCAAGAUUUAAUCCAGUUACUGAAGACACACACACAGCCAGGGCACCCAUGUGCUGACGCACACGACCGGCAGUAUACAGUGACAAAUAUUCAAUCCAACAGGAAAAACAGCAUUAUGUAGGUGCAAUGCAAACAUAUUUACAGUAUAUAUAUUUUAUGUAUGUGUGUAAGUAUGUGAAAAAUAUAUUAAAUCUAUUUCCUAUGAAAUGGUGGUAUUUAAAGUGCAUGCUGUUCUUUUCAUUCUUACUUUGACAGCUGAUGAAAGUGACAAAACAACCAGCAACAGAGUUGCAAUUAAAACUGUAUGAGUUCUUUUAUUCAAUAAAUAUAUUUUUUCAUGG